AUGGCUAACUUAUGCCAACAAUUAAAGGAGCUUGAGAAGUUGGGUCCUAAGAAAGGUGUGAUUAGCCGGUCUGUAAAAGAUGUUGUCCAAAGUUUGGUGGAUGAUGACCUUGUUUCAAAAGGCAAGAUAGGGACUUCUGUAUAUUUUUGGAGCCUUCCUAGCUGUGCUGGGAACCAGCUAAGAAAUGUGUAUAAGAAGCUUGAGGCUGAUCUCCAAACCAGUAAAAAGCGGCAUGUGGAACUUGUCAAGAAACCAGGACAAAAUUUGAUGAAACACCGUUCUGAAUACAAGGAUGCCUUUGUUGAAAAUCAUGGAGUAAAACUAGGACUUAUGUCUGGGUUUAUCAAGGCUGCAUCUGUCAUCCUGGGUAUGCACACAAUAGUGAACCGCCCAAUGGUUGUCGGAGGCAACAUUGUCCCCAGGCCAAUCAUGUACAUUGCCCUAACAUACGAUCAUUGGCUGAUCGAUGGAAAUGGAAGAGAGGCAGUGUACUCUUUGAGAAGGAUUAAGGAUGUGGUUGAAGAUCCAUGGCGCCUGCUCCUAGAUAUAUGA